AUGGACAGCGUGCUAGAGACGGUGCAGAGAGCGCCAUACAAGACCAAUGAGCUGGCAGGGAGGGCUAUUAUAGUACUUGAGGGGGCAUCUAUGUCUGAGCUUUCGUACGCACUGGCAAAUACAUCAAUUACCCCCACAACGAUAGCGAGAGUCAUUGCGUUCAACUCGCAGCUGGCCCGUAACUUGCCGCUCAAUGAGCAGCUGGAACUGCUCUCGCACAUUCGUGCGUUCAUUGCGGAAAUAUCCUGGGCCGAGGCUGAACUGUAUGCCUCUGGCAUGGACAGACUCGUUGCGAAAGUUUCCGAAAUGGAGGAGAAACUGUUGGUUCUGAAGGCCCAUAUUUUGUACGAUUUUGCUCAGAGCUUUAAUAAACACCACGGCAAUUCUGAAAUUUCGCUGGCGCAUUGUUUGUUGGUCACGACGGUCGGCAAUUCUAUGCCGGCCCUGACCGAGGCCAUCUUAGGAACCAGCCGGUUAGAAGCAGCGACAAAGGUGCUUGUGCCCACAAAGCCCCAGCUCUGGGGGUAUUUUUAUCACGGUGCAGUGUUCUGCAGUGUCCACAAAAAGUUUGAUCCCGCGCUAUCCUACGCAGUUGCCUCGUUGGCUCUCUCCAACCGCGGAUCGUCGAGGGACAGCGCUCUGCUGGUCACCGCAUUGAGUCUUAUAGUCAAUGGCGAGCCUUGGCCGCUCAAGUUUGGGUUCGAAGAAUCUGAUGCCCGGAUAUGCCUGAAAAUAGUAUUGUCUUGGUUUGAAACGCUAUCUGCGAAAUCAGAAAUGUGGAGUAAGGAAAGAAUCCAGACCACGGUGGUUCCCUCGCUAGAGGCCGAGGGACUGGGCUAUUUGGCUCCGCACCUGGUUACUAGCUUUCGCCUUCAUCGUCUGCGGGCGCUGCAUCGGACCAUCAAGCGAACUGCUUGGUCUCGGCUCGAGGAAUCCGGGCACGAGUCUCUGGACACCUUGAUCGAGGCCGGAUACAGGGCCCAGGUGUACAUGCAACCCAACAUGACGAUCAUCGAGAGUCCGGACUACGACACGCCGCUGGAAGAGCUUUACGACCUGCUGGAACAAGUUCUGCAAGUUUCGAAGCAGAUCGGAGAGGGCAAAUAA